UAUCAAAAGAUUCUGAGUCCAAAAAAUUGAUAAAAUUAAAAAAAUUGCUAUUAAGAGGUUCAUUUGGCAAAUCCAAAAAGAAAAGAUUAAAAAUGCCUCCAGAUUUUGAUGAGCCUUUAAUAGAUAUUAGCAAAUCAAUAAAAAUAAAGCCUAUA